AGAGAGAGAGAGAGAGAGAGAGAUGAAGAGUACUGAAUACUCUUUCUGUCCUGUCCCAUAUAAAAACAAGUAGGACAGUGCUCUACCUAAAAUCGCAUUACUGCUGCUUACAAAAGAGGGAGGAGAACAAACAAGAGAUAGACAAAGGGAAAAAGGAAAGCAGGAGAGAGAAUCAGUGGACAGAAGGUGAAAAGAAAAACAGAUCGUCCCACAGCAGGUGUAAAAGAGACAUCAGAAGAAUAUCAUCACCCUCUAAAAGCGCCUCUGAGCCGUCAUGCCCAUUCCCAUGGCAACGAGGACAGUAAUGAUGCUGGCUGUCAUCUUGAGGUUUUUGGCUUCGUCUCAUGAAAUGAGCAAUGAGAUGGAAGAUUAUGGCACCUGGAACUAUAGAGAAGGAGCGGAGAACGUGAACGUGGCUAAUGUUCGGAGUGUGACGCGAGUGCUGGACGCUUGGGGCAAGCGCAUCUUUAACGAGAUCAAGACGCUGCUGCACUCCCAGCCCAAUACUCUCCUGCCUGACUACUCAAGAGUACGUCCUCUCUCAGAGUCCCUCAACGAUCUCUUCAGAGAAGUCUCCCACUUACAGAGGCGCAUCACAGACCUCAACAAUCGCCUAGCAACCUUGGAGCCUGUUCUCCGUCACCAUGGCUACUACGAGGAAGACAAAAAGGCCACCGAAGGAGCCCCCCAGAGCCUAAAAGGUGUAGGCACGAGUCUGGCACAGUACCCACGCAAGUACAGGGUCCGAGUGGCCCAGCCCAUGAACAGGAGCCGAACCAGGAGAGUGAGGCUGCACAAGGAUGAAAACGGGAAUGUCAAAGUCAGGGAGAUAGACAGAUAGAUAGAAAGGAGAGACAGAGAAACACCAUAGACAAAGAUAUACAAAGAUUUUUUAAAAAGUUAUUAAUAAUAUGCAAAUAUAUGUAUGAAAUAUAAUCAAGUAGAUUGUCCGUGUUAAGUUGUCAUUCUUUUAUUAACCUCCUAUAGUCAGUCACGUACAUCGUAUAAAUUAUACAGGAACAUGUUCUCUCUGCAGGCUGCACGAGUGUAAGCUCAGAUCUCAAAGGUCCAAUCAGAGUUCUCUGGCAGAGGAAACUCUAAGCUGCUUUCACUGGACUGUAACUAACACCUCCAGCAAGGAAAACUUCGUCCAUCCUGUUAACAGUCCCCUGGUGAUUGAACUUUUUGACCAAGUUAAAGAUUAUUCUGAAAAACCUCAAAGAAAAUGUUCUUUGUUUGUAUAUUGGUAAGUUUGUUUGGACUUUUGGGAUGAGGACACAGGCUGACAUACAAGUGCCUGAGCUUAAGCUGAAUAAACCGCUUCUCAAUAAACAUAUGCUG